CCCCCGGGGGGCGCGGAGCCCGCCGGACCGGCGGCUGAUGGCAGCUGCGCAGGAUGACACGGGCCCAUCACGUGGGUGAGCCCUCCCCGCCCCUCGCCGUACGGGACCCACGGGCCGCUGCCGCCGCCGCCCAGGGGACUCCGCCAGCGGCCGUGCCGUGAGCCACAGCUCGGAGGGUCCUGCAACCGCACGGAGCCUCAGCGACCCGUGCCCAGCACCCCGACGCCCAUCAGCGCUGGGCUUCCGCUGCAGGAGACGGCCCGGCCCGGCCCGGCCCGCAGCCCGAUUGAAUGUAAGCUCCUGAAGGUGUUCCUGGCUUUAUUGAUUUUUGUUGUGGAUGUCCUGGCUCGUUCCACUGUCCUGGCUGAUGGUGCUGCCCAACAUACAUCUGGUCGGAGGGAGGCAUGGGCUGCGGAGGAAACUGACAGUGUCCGGUCAGAUGCAGUAACCCAAUCUGCUUCUGGAGGGUGGGAAGAGAAGAAGGAGAGGAGAGAAGAGGAAGUGGCUCCCAUCCCGGCACCGGCGGAGAGAGAGUGAGCAAGAGAGAGAGGUCUGAAGAACGAUAGAUUAAUCUGGGAAGAUGAAUGAUGCUAAAGAAUGCUGAGGAGCCCUAGUCAUGGAGCAGGAUCCCAUUGUGCUAGGUGGAAAUACAAUAGCAGAACACUAACAAAUUGAGAGGAUGGAGGGAAGAUGUGAUGUGUACAACAAAGAAGAUUACAGUGCUGCUGACGUCGUUUGUACACAGUACACGGAGAAAAUACAGAUGGAGAAGAAGCAAUCUUUGAGCCCGGCGUGUGUUUGAUGGUGUAAACUUCCAAAUUUUAAAAUAUAGGAAAGGAAAAAGCAAGCCCAGUUACUAAAGAAGAAUAUAAAUGCAAAAGAGGUGAACCAUUUCCUGGACUGGCUACAACAUAUUGGUAUUUGUACAAAGUGUUUAGAAACUUGUCAACUUGCCAAACUGGUUUUUGCUGCACAUCUGACAGGAUGAACAAGCCAAAGAGAGGCUUUUUGUUGUAUUGGAACAAUAGUGACUGCUGCCUGGUUUAAAGUAAACUUAAGACUGCAUGAAUUUGCCUGACGAAAUGAAAGAAGUGGCAUUCUGGUCACCCAAAGAGGUGGCAAAUUGGCUGAUGGAGAAUGCUGUUCCAGAAUACUGUGAACCGUUGGAAUUUUACACUGGGCAGGAUUUGAUCAAUCUAACUAAGGAGGAUUUUAAGAAGCCACCUUUGUCACGUGUGUCUUCUGACAAUGGACAGAGGUUGUUGUACAUGAUAGAAACUUUAAAAAUGGAGCACCACAUUGAGGCGCACAAAAAUGGGCAUGCCAAUGGUCACCUCAGCAUCAGUACAGCUGUCACCACAAGUGAAAAUGAUUUCAGCACUAAAAUCAAACUGAAUGGGAUGCCAAAUGGAUAUAGGAAGGAGAUGAUAAAGAUCCCCAUGCCAGAGCCAGAGCGUUCCCAGUAUCCUAUGGAGUGGGGGAAGACUCUCCUGGCUUUUCUUUAUGCACUUUUCUGUUUCAUCUUUACCACAGUGACGAUUUCAGUCGUCCAUGAACGAGUGCCUCCCAAGGAGGUGCAGCCUCCCCUACCAGAUGCAUUUUUUGACCGUUUUAACCGUGUGCAAUGGGCCUUUUCUAUUUGUGAAAUUAAUGGCAUGAUUCUGGUAGGACUCUGGUUAAUUCAGUGGCUGCUCUUAAAAUACAAGUCUAUUAUUAGCAGAAGAUUUUUCUGUAUAGUUGGCACACUAUACCUAUAUCGGUGUAUUACGAUGUAUGUAACUACACUGCCAGUACCCGGUAUGCAUUUCAACUGCUCUCCAAAGCUCUUUGGAGAUUGGGAGUCUCACCUGAGGAGGAUAAUGAAAUUGCUUGCUGGAGGGGGGUUAUCUAUCACAGGAUCCCACAACAUGUGUGGUGACUAUCUCUACAGCGGCCACACAGUCAUGUUAACACUUACAUAUUUAUUUAUCAAAGAGUAUUCACCUCGGCGACUUUGGUGGUACCAUUGGAUUUGUUGGGCUCUUAGCAUAGUUGGGAUGUUCUGUAUUCUCUUGGCGCAUGAACACUACACUGUGGAUGUAGUGGUGGCUUACUACAUCACUACAAGACUUUUCUGGUGGUAUCACACAAUGGCCAAUCAGCAAGUGCUAAAAGAAGCUUCCCAAACUAACCUCCUUGCACGGGUGUGGUGGUACAGGCCCUUCCAGUACUUUGAAAAGAAUGUUCAAGGAAUUGUACCUCGCUCUUACCAUUGGCCCUUCCCCUGGCCAGUGCUGCAUCUCGGUAGACAAGCUAAAUACAGCAGAUUGGUGAAUGACACAUAACAGCUGUUAAAAGUAGGGGGAAAGGAACUGUCCAAAGUGCUCAGAACUCCAUGAGAGAAGAUGCCAUAAAAAAGUGAACUGCUCCCUAAUCCUUUAUCUUUUAACCAUUUCCUUGACUUAACCAAUUCAGUUACCUGGAAAGCACUGUGAUCUUUUUUUCUCUCCAAAGGAUCUGCGUUGGACAACAAUAAAGAAAAUUUAACUUAUCAUGCACUGUAUACAUUUCUUGUUAAUAGAUUUGGGAUUUACAUUACCCAUCACCAUGUUCCUUUGUAUAUGAUGCGACAGCAUAAAUGAAAACUUUUAUAUCAUAUGUUCCGGUCUUUCCAGUCACAUCUGGGAAUAAAACGUAUUAUUUUCUUGGGAAAACAUACUUUUCAUAUCUCUUGCCCCAAAGAUUGGGCUGUAAGCCAUUUUCUAGCAAAUGUCUAUAUGAAGGUUUCUAAAUACCUGACUGGGGAAAAAGUAAAACUCUUUCUACCUGUUACACCAAUGUUACAAAUAAAAUGAUAAGACACAGAAAGGUUUAGUAACUUUUGAUUUUGUAAAAUCUGCAGUGACAGUGUCAAAAAGUGCAAAAAAAAAUAUUCUGUUGUAAAGUGAUUUUCUAAGUAUUUCCUAACUUUAUUUUUCAAAAUAUGUAUGAAAACUAAAUUUAAAAAGAUUUUUACAUGUCAGAGAAAAGAGAGUUAAAAUAAAAAAUGCUUCUUGGAAGAGAGAGAUUUGUCUAUGUUUCUAGUGCCUUUCUUGUCUUAAUUGUAUGGUCAGUAGGCAGUCUUAGAUGUUCUUAUUUAAAAUAAAAUAUUCCAUGAAAACACAAGUAUAUGUACUGUAUACAUUAAUAAAUUUUACAUUUAUAACUAAAUUAAACUGGAAAUUUACUUAAAGUGUUGAAAUUGCUAUUAGUAGGGAAAAAACAAAUCAAAGGCUCAGAUCUUGUUCACACAUUGUGGGCAGAUCAUAGUAAAAUGCAAGAUUUAAAUUGAUUUUAUUAUCUAUUCCGUAACUGGAUUUUAACUGUCAAGACAACAGCCAUGGAUUCACUUUUUCAGGAGUUUUACAGAUGAUCACUGACUUCAAAUUGAAUAGUUUCUCCAUCCUUUAAUGAAAAUGUUGUUGAAAAACAACAAAAAUAAUCUAUUUCUUUAAAAUAUAUUUGUGCAGAAGCUGCAUGUACCUCUAAGUUUCACUCCUACCAUACAUACUGUAUGUUUGGGGAAGUAUUCUAUGAUAUCCUUGCCAAUGUGCAGAACAAAAUAGAUUUUUAAGAAUGAAGAAGAUAUCCAUUCUGUAUUUUAUGUGAAGCAGAGUUAUCUUCUAUAGGGUUAUUGUGUAUUCACAAGGUGAUAUUUGUAUUGUAAAACAAUAAUGGUGAAGGAAAAUAAAGAGACUUUUAAAAAAUGUA